GUUAUGGACGGAUUAAGAGUUGUUCUUGUAGGAGUUAUUGGAUCUGGCAAAACAGCUUUUUUUAAUAAUUUAACUAAAAAUUAAGAGCCUGUUAAACAUGGAGGAGCAUCUGUUACUAAAUAAGUAGUAGUUGGAUAAUGCAUUUUUGGAGAGCAGUUUGAAGUAAUUGAUACCCCUGGUUUCGAAGCUGAUGAAGAUAAAUUAUUACAUGCUGCAGGAGUAAUUGCAGCACUUUCAAUAGGCGAUGUUAAUAGAAUAUUGGUUAUAACUAAAUUUGAAAGAGAUGGAGUAAUGAUGAGUGCAUUGCAAUAAGUCAUAGCUCCAAUCAAUAGAUAUAGGAAUAUGAUAACGAUUGUAGUAUCACAUUGGGAUCUUUCAGAAAAUAUAGAGCAAGAUUAAUAGCGUUUAGCGAAGAAAAUAAAGGAUAAAUUUAAUAUUGGAUCUAUUCUUUAUUAUUCUAAAUUUAAUGAUCCUAAAAUUAUCGCUCUAUAAGUUCAAAAAAUAGCUAUUGAAUCAAAAUUAACAACCAUAAAAUUAUAGGAUACAGAAAUAUUUAGUCAGUUUAAUUUAUUAUCUUUGAAUUAUGAAUGUCAAAAUAAAUUAGAAAUAGAUAAAGAAUAAAUUAUUAAGUAAUUUAGAAAGACUGCAUAAUUGUUUAUUAAAUAUAUAACUGAAGAAGUUAAUUUGGAUGAUCCAAAAGCUGUUGAUAUUUUGCAUUUUAUAUCAUUAGAAGUUAAGAAUAUUGCAAAUAAAUAAGUGGAGCAGUUUGAAAUACAACAUGGAGACUGGCUUAAUGAAUUUUAUGACACGAAUGGAAUUAAUGUUAGUUAUUUACAUCAUAUAUAUCUAAAAAAAGAAAUAAAAAGGGAUCUUGAACAGGUAAUUAAAUUAGCUUAGGAUAAAAUGACAAAAUCAAAAAAUCAUUGUUUUUAUUGUUUAAAGCAAUGCCCAUAUUGUAAAUUAAUAUGGAUUAAAGUUGCUGGAUGUGACGGAGAAACUACUUGUGGAAAUAGAGUUUAUACUUCCUCAGAUUCAUUAUUGAAAAACUCUUCAACUAAGAGUCGAUAUAAAUUUGAAUUAGAACCAAAUAAAUUAGUCUUGAAAGAAAUAUAGCCCAUGAAUACACAAAAUCAAUUUCAGACAUAAGAGUCUAGUUCUACUUAAGAAUAGAUUUAUCAACUUAUAAGGGAUGAUAAGUAUUUAAAAAAACUCCUUGGACAAGACUUUACAAUGGAUUAAUUUGAAAUGUUAUUAUUAAAAAACAAAAGGGAAUAUGGAAGUUUAUAUUUAAUUUAUUCACUUAUAUCAUCUAAUGAUGAGAAUGAUACGAUUUAAAUGAUUUACUACAUCUUGGAUAUAAAAAGUGAUAGUGAAGUAUAAAAAUGUAAAAGAUUUGGCUGCGGAUAAAAAUUAAUUUGGUCAGAAUUGCCACCUUUGAGUGGACCUGAAUUAAAUGAAUUACUAUCAAUUGAAUUAAUAGAUUACUUUAAUGAUUAAGCAUAAUUAAUUAGCGAUGAAAGUAAAUUCUUAGAGGCAGCUUAUAAAGACCUUGUUAACCAAGCUAUAUAAGAACAAUAUAAGAAUAAGAAAGUGAUCUAAUUAUAAAAGUAGAGUGAAACAUAAUGA